AUGGCGCAAAGGUAUGAUGAACUGGCCCAGUAUGGAGGCGCGCUGGACGGAAUCCCCACCGCCAUGUACGGAGACCCUCACGCGCCCCGGCCCCUGCCUCAGCUUCACCACAUGAACCAUGGGCCUCCCGCGCACCCUUCGCAGCACUACGGGGCCCACGCGCCGCACGGUAUCCUGCCCAGCGGCGCCGUCAAUGACGCUCUGAAACGAGACAAGGACCACAUCUACGGGCAUCCUUUAUUCCCUCUGCUGGCUCUCGUUUUUGAAAAGUGCGAGCUCGCGACCUGCACGCCCAGAGAGCCGGGGGUAGCGGGAGGAGACGUCUGUUCCUCCGACUCUUUCAACGAAGACAUAGCUGUGUUUGCAAAACAGAUCCGCGCGGAGAAACCUUUAUUUUCCUCCAACCCAGAACUAGACAACCUGAUGAUUCAAGCGAUUCAAGUUCUCAGAUUUCAUCUACUGGAGUUAGAGAAGGUGCACGAGCUUUGUGAUAAUUUCUGCCACCGUUACAUCAGCUGUCUGAAGGGGAAGAUGCCCAUCGACCUGGUGAUAGAGGAGCGGGACAUCUGUAAAUCUGACUUUGAUGACCUCUCAGGAUCUUCCACAAACCUCGCAGUUCUGAACUCCACGUCCUGGAGAGACAUGGACGAUGCUCACUCUACGCCCUCUGUGGGGACCCCGGGACCAUCCAGUGGGGGACACAUUUCGCAGGGAGGAGACAACACCAGUGAACUUGAUGGCCUCGACAACAGCCUGGCAUCACCAGGCACCGGAGACGAAGAUGAUCAGGACAAAAAGAGGCAGAAGAAACGAGGCAUCUUCCCCAAAGUGGCCACAAACAUAAUGAGAGCAUGGCUCUUCCAGCACCUUACGCACCCGUACCCUUCAGAGGAACAGAAAAAACAGCUGGCACAAGACACAGGUCUCACUAUCCUUCAAGUGAACAACUGGUUUAUCAAUGCAAGAAGAAGAAUAGUCCAGCCAAUGAUUGACCAGUCCAACAGAGCCGUGAGUCAGGGGACAGGUUACAGUCCAGACAGCCAGCCAAUGGGAGGCUUUGUUUUGGACGGGCAGCAGCACAUGGGUCUCCGUCCUGGUGGACCACUGGGUGGAAUGGGUAUGAAUAUGGGCAUGGACGGCCAGUGGCAUUACAUGUAAAUCCAUUCCAGAGAGGCUCAGCUGAGUUUAUGCCUCCAUCGUUGGCUCAGGGAUCUUCUUCCUUCUGGCUGUGCAGCUCAGGACCAGAGAUUCUGCUCCUGAGGUCGACUCUCACCCACCUGUCCCACACCCUCCUGACCGCCUCCACCUAACCUUGUUUUAGGUAGCACAGAUGAAACCAGCUAGCCUCAGCUCAUGGACCAUCCUCCGACGCUGAACAGCGAUUUGAUUUUCAUGUCUACUGGUGAAAUACGAUGAAGGACUUCAGAAGCAGAAUGAACCGGCUCCUCCUUUAGAUGAUGUGUCUAUUUUUAUACAUCAGCCGACCACAGGGCCACACUUCUUUUUCUUUUGUCAUCAAACUUAAGGCCUUUCCCUAAAAAAUAAGCUUUUCCUUCUAGAUGGAACUGUAUAAAAUCCUUAGUAGGAUAAAAAGGCAUCACUGUGAAACUUGUUGAUAAUCUGAGGAUAGUGCUCUUUAGUUUUUGGCCAUUACUUGCGGUCAGUAGAUUUUAGAUACAGCUUUGACCACAAUCUGUUUUUACUUUUGUUCUGAUUUAAAAAAAAAAAAAAAAACAAGGAAAAAAAGAGGUUUUGUUUAAAAGCAACGUUUCCUUCUGCUGUUCCCAUUUUCUGCCAGUGGGCUUACUGGACUUGAACAGACUGAAGGAAACUGAGGAAUUCUGAUGAUGUUUUUAUGGUUUCUAUCUACAAAUG